AUGAACAACUUACAGACCAAUCCGUUUGCCAACAUUGGCACUUCCAGCUUUAGCCUUUCACAGGUUCCCCAGCAUAUUCUGGAAAACCUGACGCCUGUGCAAUUGCGCAUGAUUCAACAAAAACAUCAGCAGUUGUUGAUGGAACGUCAGGCGCUAAUGCGACAGCAGCAGCAACAGCAGCAACAGCAACAGCAAGAACAACAGGAGCGGGAGAUCCAAAAGAAUCAGGAAACUCAGAGAAGGCAGCAGCAACUACAACAGCUGCGACAACAACAACAACAACAGCAACAACAACAACAACAACAACAACAGCAACAGCAGCAGCAGCAGCAGCAGCAGCAGCAGCAGCAGCAGCAGCAGCAGCAGCGCGUGCAACAGCACCACAUUCAACAACAACAAAUGCAGCAACAACAACUUCAGCAACUCCAUCAAAUGCAACAGCGCCAACUGCAGCAGCAACAGCAACAGCAACAUCAUAUUCAGCCCCAUCAGCAGCAGGAACUACAACAACAACAACAACAGCUGCCACAAGGCUCACCACAGUAUGCGACAAAACCCACAGUAGGCACCGCUCCUGCUCAACAGCUCAAUCUUGCCCAAAGAGCUCAAUUGCUGAAGGCCAAACAACAGCAACUGAAUGCAUCCCAGGCGUCUCGCCAGGCGCCAGCACCAACUCCGCAGCAGCUAAAUUUGCCGCCUCAGAUCGCACAACUACCGCCACAGGUGCAGCAACGUGUGCUUGCAAAUCUCAAGCAGCAAGCGCUAGCCAAGAACAAUCCCGCUGCUGUGGCGGCUAUCACAGCCGCUCAACAACAACUCGCGUCUCAAAUUCCUAAUCAGCAGACAGCUGCCUCUCCUGUAACACAAAACUCACCCGCUGUGUCGGCUAACUCACGAAUAACUACACCGCUACCUGCACAAGUCCCACAGCUUCCGCCUCUGCCCAAAUUUCAAACGAUAUAUCAGGAUCCCCCAGAGGAGGCUCUGAAGUCACUGACUUAUUGGUCAGACUUAGUCAAAGCCGGGAAAACCAAUAUAAAAGAGCCAGAUUCAAAUUUGCUUCUCUAUGAACAAGUCCUGCGAAGAGAUCGCGAAAACUCGGAACAGCUCAUAAAAGAGCGAAAUGGUUACGAGCCUUUCAGCAAGUAUGGAUUUAGUCACAAGGAAUACUUGAUGAGGCUUCUACAGGAUCUCAACUAUAUCAAAGAGCUGAAAGCAGCUAGGAUGAAGUCAAUCACGAAUACGACUCAAGGAAUCGUUUCCAAAAGCAUAUGGGGAGACGGGUACUCUGGGUAUGGGAACGGAUUUAGCAACACGGCAACAAACGUUUCAACUGGUGUUAACUGGUCCGAUAAACGAAGGCAAACGAUUUUUGAUAUGAAAGAUGUGUAUCAGCAAGCCAUGACGGAAACCCAAGAAGAACUUGUGCCGAUACGACUGGAAUUUGAUGCAGAGCGCGACAAUUUCUCACUCAGAGAUGUUUUUAUUUGGAAUAGAAAGGAAGGUGUGGUCAAAGUGGAGGAUUUAGUGGCGGAACUGCUCCAGGAUUACAAGUUCACACACAAUGACCAGUUUUUCGAGACUCUUGUUCAGAGUAUAAAGGAGCAAAUUAAUGAUUUUCAGGCCGAUCCUUUUGUCGACAAUGAUCGCGACCUGCUUGGAGGUGACGAUCUCCGGAUCCGGAUACAACUAGACAUAGUUGUAGGUCAAAACCAACUGAUAGAUGGUUUUGAGUGGGACAUUUCCAACCCGGACAAUAGUCCCGAAGAAUUCGCGGAGGCUCUUAGUCAGGAUCUCGAACUGCCCGGUGAGUUCACUACGGCAAUUGCCCACUCGAUUCGAGAGCAGGUCCAUGCAUAUCAUAAGUCCCUAGCGGUGACGGGAUACCAGUUCGAUGGUUCUGUGGUUGAAGACGAAGAUAUUCGAAGUAGACUUCUACCGCUUAUUACGCUGGACGACGUUUUCAGAAAUUCCAUUGACUCUAAAGUUUACACGCCUAGUCUUCUAAAGGUAUCUCAUGCAGAGCUGGAACGGUUGGACCGUGACAAGGACAGGGACACACGUCGUAAGCGGAGACAAGGUCGGUUCAGUAGACGCGGGGCGGGACCAAGCUCCACUGUUGCCCAAAACGAAAACGCUCUUCCUGAUCUCUCGGAUAUUCCUAAGACCUUCCGUAUUCCGGUACCUAGUACAACGCUUCCAGGUGGCGUGGACUUGGGUCCAUCCACGAACUCUUACGAUGUUGAAACCAAGAUUGAUUACGAAUCACUGCCACCGACACCGGUGGCUGCUUCGCACCAGAAUCCCUUCUGCCGUGUCGUUGAUAAUAACCCUGGACAAUAUCUUCUCGUGAGCAUUAAAGUCCCUCUGCUUCACAAAGAUAGUUCCAUGAGAGCAUAUUGA